UGGUGAUCUCGAAGGAAUCGGAUCGAUUCACGUGUAUGAUUUUUUCUUACGUUUUCAUGGUUAACGAGAAUUGUGGAUUAGUCUGUGUUGGAUUUAUUUGAAGAAGCAACGUUUGACAGUCUCCAAAGGUUAAAUGGUAAUAACCGACCAUGUACAACCUGAACGUGAACGUGAAUCCUAAUCCAGGGGCUGCCGCGGGUCUUCUCGGUGUCGCGGCGGCCGAGGUCACGCCGAGGACACCGGAAAUCGUAAACUCCCUAAUCGCCAUGACCAAUCCCUUCGAGGAUUACACGAACGAGAAGAGCAGGGACCGUACGGACUCGAUUAGCAGCGGUGAGCCGAGCCCGCCGAGUGUUCAGCACACCCGUAGUCAGCUCAUUAAAGAAGGUCUGAAGUUGACUUUGCAAACAAAGAGGCGGGCGAACAGCAGCGGCGACGACACCAAGAAGAAGACCAAGAAGGAAGACGGCAGCGCCGACGACGAGGAGGAGGACGAGUCCGGGAACAACAACAUCCGCGGUGGAUUGACGCCGGAGGACGAGGAGAGGCGUCGAAGAAGACGCGAGAGGAACAAAAUCGCCGCCACCAAGUGUCGGUUGAAAAAACGCGAGAAAACGGUGAUCCUGGUGCAAGAGUCCGAGAUCCUGGAAACGCAGAACCAUGACCUGAAGUCACAGAUACAGGAGCUCGAGACGCAAAGGCGCAGGCUGGUCGACAUGCUCAGCCUCCAUGGGCCGACCUGUCUGAAACAGGGCGGCGCGGACAACACCUAUCAACAGUUCGCGGAACCGUUGCAUCUGCCCAGUUAUCAGGACAACUUUGUGCAACCACCGCCUGCGUUGAACCAGCCACAGAACUGCGUGUCGGAUUACCCAGUGAAGGUGGAGGAGUACGAGGGUGACUUUUACAGACAGGAGAGUUCAUACGUGCCAACCUCAGACUCUGGUUGUACGGUGUAGUAGAGCUUUAUUCGUCGCAAGUGAAUCCCUGCUGCGCCAUCUCGCGGAGGGCAAUCUCUGAGGAGAUCGGGUUUACCGGCCGGAGAAGCUGCAAGGAAUGACUUUUCCCCCUCGGGAACGAUCCGAUCGUCCUGCGUGAGUGAAAGAAAAGGUUGUACGCAUUCCAAGAAGACAUCGGAGAA